AUGGAUGAUUCCCACCUCGCCAGGACAUGUCUUGGCGCGCUUAGAGACCUUACGCGGACACACAGACGUGGUCCGGUGGCUACGAGGUCCGGUGGCUACGGGGUCCGGUGGCUACGAGGUCCGGUGGCUACGGGGUCCGGUGGCUACGAGGUCCGGUGGCUACGAGGUCCGGUGGCUACGGGGUCCGGUGGCUACGGGAUCCGGUGGCUACGGGGUCCGGUGGCUACGGGGUCCGGUGGCUACGGGGUCCGGUGGCUACGAGGUCCGGUGGCUACGAGGUCCGGUGGCUACGGGGUUCUGUGGCUACGAGGUCCGGUGGCUACGGGGUCCGGUGGCUACGUGAUCCCGUGGCUACGGGGUCCGGUGGCUACGGGGUCCGGUGGCUACGGGGUCCGGUGGCUACGAGGUCCGGUGGCUACGAGGUCCGGUGGCUACGGGGUUCUGUGGCUACGAGGUCCGGUGGCUACGAGGUCCGGUGGCUACGGGGUCCGGUGGCUACGUGAUCCCGUGGCUACGAGGUCCGGUGGCUACGAGGUCCGGUGGCUACGGGGUUCUGUGGCUACGGGGUCCGGUGGCUACGGGGUCCGGUGGCUACGAGGUCCGGUGGCUACGAGGUCCGGUGGCUACGAGGUCCGGUGGCUACGGGGUCCGGUGGCUACGGGGUCCGGUGGCUACGGGGUCCGGUGGCUACGGGGUCCGGUGGCUACGGGGGCCGGUGGCUACGGGGGCCGGUGGCUACGGGGUCCGGUGGCUACGAGGUCCGGUGGCUACGGGGGCCGGUGGCUACGGGGUCCGGUGGCUACGGGGUCCGGUGGCUCCGGGGUCCGGUGGCUACGGGGUCCGGUGGCUACGGGGGCCGGUGGCUACGGGGUCCGGUGGCUACGGGGUCCGGUGGCUACGGGGUCCGGUGGCUACGGGGGCCGGUGGCUACGGGGUCCGGUGGCUACGGGGUCCGGUGGCUACGGGGGCCGGUGGCUCCGGGGUCCGGUGGCUACGGGAUCCGGUGGCUACGGGGUCCGGUGGCUACGGGGUCCGGUGGCUACGGGGGCCGGUGGCUCCGGGGUCCGGUGGCUACGGGAUCCGGUGGCUACGGGGUCCGGUGGCUACGGGGUCCGGUGGCUACGAGGUCCGGUGGCUACGGGGUCCGGUGGCUACGAGGUCCGGUGGCUACGGGGUCCGGUGGCUACGGGGUCCGGUGGCUCCGGGAUCCGUGGCACCCUACGCAAAUCGUAUUUUUUUCUGUCGGGCAACCAAGUACUUGGCGUGCAAUCUUGA